CUCGGCUAGGUUCGGCCUCGCUCGGCCCCGCUUGGCCCGGCUCGGCGCCGGCAUGGCGGGGCCGGGCCAGCCGGCGGGCGGGCACUGCUGCCCGGCGCGGUUGGCGGUGCCGAGCGUGCACCAGAGCCUGCGGGAGAUGGACUUCGAGCGGGGGAUCUGGGCGGCGGCGCGGGACGGGGACGAGCACCGGCUGCUGCAGCUGCUGGAGAGGCGCAGGGAGCCCAGCGAGCCCGACCUGGCGGGCUACACGGCCCUGCACUACGCCAGCCGCAAUGGGCACCUGGGCGUCUGCCGGCUGCUGCUGCAGCGCGGGGCCCGCUGCAACGCCCGCACGCCCGGCGGCGCCACGGCCCUGCACCGCGCCAGCUACUGCGGCCACCUCGCUGUGGCCCGGCUGCUGCUGGCCCACGGCGCCGACCCCGCCAUUGCAGACGACGACGGCCUCACCAGCCUGCACAAGGCAGCUGAGCGUGGCCACCGCGACCUCUGCGCCCUGCUGCUGCAGCACAGCCCAGCGCUGGCGGGCGCGCGCGACGCCAAGGGCCGGCGGCCCUGCGACGUGGCCAAGCCCGAGCUCCGGGAUCUGCUGGACACGUGACGGGGGGUGCCACCGCAGCUGGAAAACCCGGAGCCACCGUGCUGCAGCGUGUUGGGUGCCGCGUGCCGUGGGGACGCCCGCCGCCACCGUGCCCUGGGGACGUUGGGUCACGCAGGACCCCGGCUCUGCCGGAAAACAAGUCCCCAGCACCUCAAA